UCCUCGAUGUAACUGCUGUCUACUGACUAAACCAGAAAUCCAGAGGAUGAGAAACGAAAGCAACACGUUUGACGCACGGUUCAUAAAUGAAUAUGUGCAGUGAAUGACACAGACACUCCGGUUCGGAUCCAGUUGUGCGCGCGCAAUGGGAGCGUCGCGCGUGCGGGCGGCAGUUUGAUAAAACAGCGACUUCUCAAAAGUUUUUAUGUUGGUGCCUGAAGACGAUUCAAGAUGAAGAAACAGUUUAACCGCAUGAAACAGCUCGCCAACCAGACCGUUGGCAGAGCGGAGAAGACCGAAGUACUGAGUGAUGACCUUCUUAUGAUUGAGCGGCGCCUUGAAAAUAUGCGACUGGUCUCUCAUAAUGCGCACAAGAGGAUGGUCAUGUGUCUGCAGGGUAACGUGGGCUCAGAUGCGGAGAAGAGACAUAAAAAGCUUCCUCUCACAGCCCUUUCACAAUCCAUGCUGGAUGGAGGAAGUCAGCUCGGAGACGAGUCCCUCAUCGGGAAGAUGAUGGAAGUGUGUGGAGAUGCUGAAAACAAACUGGCCUUUGAGCAGAGCCAACAUGAAGUCCAGCUGGAGAGAGAGAUCCUAGAGCCUAUCAACCAGCUGGCAGAGGUGGAUAUUCCUAACAUUUUGAAGCAGAGGAAACAUUUAGCCAAGCUUGUGUUGGAUUUUGAUUCUGCAAAAGCCAGGUAUCAGCAGGCCACAAAGGCAUACCCAUCCGCUGCAAAUGCUCAAGCAAUGGCUGCCAAAGUUGACACACUUAAAGAGGAGAUGGAUGAAGCUCAGAACAAAAUGGAAAUAUGCAAGGAUCAACUGGCAGCAGAGAUGUACAGCUUUUCCUCCAAGGAAGGAGAAUAUGCUCGCUAUUAUGUGUUGUUGUUAGAAGCUCAAGCUGAAUACCACAGGAGAGCUUUGGCGUCCAUCGAGAGUGUCCUGCCCAGCAUACAGUCCCAGCAAGAUAAAUGGACAGAGAAGCCAGCGUUUGGCACGGCUCUGGAAGAACAUCUGAAACGCACUAGCAGAGAGAUCGCUCUGCCCAUAGAGGCCUGCAUUAUGAUGCUACUGGAGACCGGCAUGCAGGAAGAGGGUUUGUUCCGAAUCGCUGCUGGAGCCUCUAAACUGAAGAAGUUAAAGGCGGCGCUGGACUGUUCCACUUCCCAACUGGAGGAGUUUUACUCUGACCCUCAUGCUGUAGCCGGAGCCCUCAAAUCUUACCUGAGGGAGCUGCCUGAACCUCUGAUGACCUACCAGCUGUAUGAAGAGUGGAUCCAAGCCUCAAAUAUCUCUGACCCUGAUAAGAGGCUUCAGGCACUUUGGGUGGUAUGUGACAUGUUACCAAAGGCCAACAAGUCCAACUUUAGGUACCUGGUGAAGUUUCUUGCCAAGCUUGCUCUGGGAAGUGAUGUAAAUAAGAUGACGGCGAGCAACAUCGCCAUCGUACUGGGACCCAAUUUACUGUGGGCCCGGACAGAGGGAAGCCUGACUGAGAUGGCAGCUACUACCUCCGUCCAUGUGGUGUCUAUAAUAGAACUGAUAAUCAACCAUGCAAGCUGGUUCUUCCCUGAAGACGAGGACUUCAACGUUUCAGGCAUGUUUGCUAUGCCUGGGUGCCCCGGGACCCCUGACUCAGAAGCUGGAAGCAUUGAGAGGAGGCGCCCAGGCAGCCAGGGGUCACUCGAAUCUGACACACCCCGCAAAGACAGCCCUGCUAACAAACAGCCGGAAAUCGCCCCUCGUAGAGCUGGCACAUUAACCAAAAAGCAGCACUCCUUGCCUAACUUCCAGCCCUCUCUCCCUCCCAUUGACGUGUUUGAGCCGUCCCCCCUGUCGCCCACUGGCGGGGGUCUGGAGGCUGGGCAGGCGCUUCCUCAGACCCAUCAGCCUUUAGUUCAGCAGCCUGCGGAGAACAGUAACACCCCCCGAGAUCCUGCAUCCACGCCCCCUGCCACGAGGAACGGGCCGGGGGGCUCGAAUGGGACGCCCACUCAGCUGAAUGUGGGGACCCCGACCUCAGGUCCUAAGGGCCCCAGUCCAUUCGUGGUGCGCAGAGGUACAAAGAAACAGGCGCCGGCGCCUCCCAAACAGGCCGCCCCUCCCACACCUCAGAGUGUAAAAGUGGCUCCUAACCAGCCCACACCAAACCAGUCCUCAGCCCCGAGCACCCCUCAGCCUCUCACUGCGUCCCGUCGCAACAACCAGACCCCCAUCCAGGCCCCCAGCCACCCUCCUCCUCGACCUCCUUCCCAGAGCACAGAAGAAGCCGAACCGUCCCCUCCCAGGACGCCCACCCCUCCCGGGACACCUCCUUACGACGGCUCCCAGCCACGCCCCAGGCCCACCCCUCGAGCGCGGCCCAAACCCAGCGGCCCGCCCCCACCCCAGCCAACUAGCGACGGUGACAACGGUGUCUGUGUUUCUGGAUCCAAGAUCAUCUCCGAUGUGUGAUCUUCUUCCUGUGAGGUGUGUUGUGAGGGGCAGGCGAUGAUGGAGAUGGAGAGGAGAGAUGUUUGACGGGACCAGGGCUGGAUCUUGUCCCGGAGCUUGAGGAAGAUGAAACCACAGAAACACUCCCAGAAGAUGCACACCAAUCAGAAACCACCGCCCUGUGAAGUGGGCGGAGUCCAGUCCUCACACAGCCAAUCGAAAGCUAUGUUCGUAACGGAAUACUCGCAUACUUACCGCCUAGUUUAUUCUUCCUGUUGUUUUUAAGGAUGUGAAAGUAUUCAAAAUGAAAAACAUUUUAAACAUGACCUCAGUUACCGUAUGAGUAAAUACAGGUAUUAAGCAUUCAGAUUUAAGUACAAAAAUUAUUUUAACUUUUAUGAGAUUGAUCAAAUCAUGAGUCAUCGCAGUUGCUUCUGGUUCAAACGUCACACUGGAAAUGGAAGGUCAAGUCGAUGCAUUGCAUUGUGGGAUAUGGUACCCAUCACAGUGUGCAAUUAUAGUAGGUAGAAGCACACAGAAAAUGUGUAUCCCAUCAUGCAGUAGUAUACAUACUACAUACAGCACAAGUAGUGAACGCAGUAUGCUAUUCAGAACAUAGCCAUUCACUUAUAAACUCUGACCCCUAUAGAAGACAAUACAUUUACACAAAAUACACAAAAACUGUAAAUCAUCAGGUGGUUCCUGGAGUCUCUCUGUCCUCACAAUGCUGGCACAUUGUAACCAUAUACCAGAAGAAGAAGAAAAAACUGUACGCACACGUAAACAUGCUGUACAAUCUUGAUUUCAUUCACAAAUGGCAUAAAGCUGGUUUGGGUUCUAAUCAGAUAUGAAUGUCUUUAUGUUUUGUGAUGUUUUGCAUAACAAGUGUUAUAUAUGUGUGCCUUGAAAACCGUAAAUCACUGAGUUUGUGUGACUGAUGUCCCACGCACUCCGCUUAUCAUGGUGAAUGUACUUUAUUCAAAUAUAUUUUAAUCAUUCCUUUCAAUGAUUCUUUUAAGAUGUGACAAAAAUUGGAUUUCAAAAAGGUUAAGGCAAUGAA